CCUGCGCCCUGGCAUCGGCGCGGGGCCGCCGGUGUGCAGCCGAGCCGGGGGGCGGGGCACUGGGACCCGAGCCGAGGGCCGUCCCCGGGGCCGGUGGCGAGGCCCGAACAAAAGGCCACCCCCCCGGCGGCAGGUUCGGCACGUCCGGCAGGCAUAAUCCAUGUACCAGGAUUCCUUCAAGCCCCUCCGCGCCAUCCCUCCCCCCACACUCUCCCCCGGUCAGUCGCUUGUGUUACACAUUCGACAGCCUCCAGCUACCCACUCUAGCCUACUCUACGCCACUUCCCCGGCACUCGCCAUCACUCGCCUGUUCCUUUCGUCAAAAAGCCCCCACUACAAGAUGUACCCCACUUGGUUUGGAGAGACGCUGUGCCAGUGGCCCGCUGGCCUGCUGGUUGAGGCGGACUACGCCCAGAUUUGGCAUGCCCUGGUCAGGGCGAGCAACAGCAUCCCCCCAGGCGAGGAUGCCUCGAAGUACCUGCACCAGCAGGUGUCCACGGUGCUCCUGGACGCGAAGAUCCCCUGGACCCAAGCCGGGUCCCUGGCGACGCACCUGGCGUCGGAGUUCCUCGAGAAGGAGGGGCUUCCGCCGGCCAGCGGCGCAUACGACUCCGCCCCGGCCGAGGAUGGCGAGGGCUCACACCCGGCGCCGUCCGGCCCCGGGGCGGUGGCCGGCGCGCAGGGGACCUCGAGCAAGCCCUCCAGGAGCGGCCGAACCAGGGGCCUGGUCAUUUCGGCCGGCAACCCGGUGAUCUCGUGGGAUGCCGUGUCCGUGGAGCAGGCAUCCAACUACCUUGGACGCGUAUGCCGGUAUUACCUCCAGGAGAGGGGCUGCAUGCAUGGCAGCGAGUGCAACUGGGAUCACCCGGAAGAGAAUUCGCCCACCUUUAAGAUGCUGCUUUACAAUCAUAUUUGGAAUCCGGACCAGCUGCCGGGCCUCCAGGAGUGGCUGGCAAGCCGGACUCCCAGCAUGGAAGAGUAUGAUUUCGACCCGGACUCGCCGGAGGACAGCGACGCGUGCCCGGCCGAGCGGUCAGAUCAGCUUGUCUCGCAUGCCAGCUGGUCGACUGUUGUGCGAGGGCGCUUUGUGCCGGAGCCGCCGGCUGGGCAUGCCCAGCCGGCGGGCCGUCGGUCCAUCGCCGGCCCCCAGCCCCCCCGGCUGGCGGAAGACUCGGACUCGCAAGCAUUCGCGGCGGACAUCCAGGGCAGGCUCGACAGGCGCCGGCUGCUGUGGAGCCAGCCCAAUGCCGGGCCUGUCGGCGGCGGAGGCAUGAGUUACUCGGCGGCGGCGAAGCAGGGAGCGGCCGAGCAGUCGCCAUCCGGCCGGGGCCGGCGUGCCGCACAGUCCGGCCGCCAUGCGCCGGCGGACUUCGGAGAUGGCAUCACCGAGGCGGAGAUGCUGCGCUGGUUCCAGCUCCAGCAGGACGAAAACACGAAGAUCCCCCAAUUGUCGGAGGAUGUGCGGGCCUACUGCCGGGCCAUUGGCCCGGCGCAGAGGCAGUACGAGGCCGAGCGGAAGCGCUCCAGGGAGCUGUUCGCCGAGUACAAGAGGCUGGGUGCUGACCCGACCACCCCGUCGGACAGGCUGGCCCUCUGCAAGAAGGCCUGGAUUGACGCCAGCUGGAAGGCCGCCAGGGCCAUCUUCACCAAGCGCAACCCCGGCAUGGACCCGAGCGCCAUGGCCACCAGCAAGCUGCCCUUGGUGGUGGACCUGAUGGGUCUACAUGAGAUUGAAGUGUUCCACUUCCUGUCGGUCCUCGUCCGCAUUCUACAGGCCAGCGCCCGGGCAACCGGCCGAGUGCACUAUCUCCAUCUGUUUACGCACGCGUCAUCCGGGAUGCUAAGCACACGGGCCCCCGAGCAGCCCCAGGUCAUGGCCAAGGUCCGGAAGGCCGCCGCGCGGGUCCUCUUCGACCACGGCCUCUACGUGAAGGACAACUCGGCCGUCGGCAUGCCGGGGCUUCUGUCGGCGAAGGUACUCCCGCCCGGCACCGAGUGAUUCCGGCGCCCAGUCCGCCCCCCUCCCCCUGGCGCACGGUGUGCGUGCAUGCAUGCGUGCGUGUGUGUGAGAGAGCUGCCUGACGCGCGCGCGCGGCUGGGGCUCGCGCAGUGGGCGGGGCCUGUCCCGCCCGCCGGGCAUGGUGCCCUGUCAAUAUACACACGGGCGGACAGCCGGAGGAGGCGCUCCUGGACCAUGGUUUUCUCGCGCUCCGAGGGGGGGUGCAUGGCCCGGCAUGGGGCCGCGGUGUGCGCCCGGCAAAGGCCCAGGGGCGGGGGAAAUGCUCGACCUGGGCCGCGGUGUGGGUGGCAUGCGCUUGGGGGCCAGGCAUGGCGAGAGCACCUGCCCGCCGGAGGA